GAAACCCGCGAAGAAGACUGUUCUCCUCACCAUGGCGGAAACCGAGCAGCAGUCAGGAUCCACUCCCGAGGAUGACGAAUCUGAAGCCCCAGCCAGCAACACCUUCAUGAUACCCAAGAAAGAAAUCAGCAUGGUGCCUGACAUGGGCAAGUGGAAGCGAUCCCAAGCAUAUGCUGACUACAUGGGCUUCAUUCUCACACUGAAUGAAAGUGUGAAGGGAAAGAAGCUCACAUGUGAAUAUAAAGUGUCAGAGACAGCGGAGAAGUUACUAGAUCUUUUGGGGACUCUGGACCGAUGGAUUAACGAGACUCCUCCUGUUGACCAGCCAUCACGCUUUGGUAAUAAGGCCUACAGAACCUGGUACGCCAAAUUAGACCAGGAAGCAGAGGCCUUGGUGUCCGGAGUGCUCCCUGCUGACAAAUGUGCUGCAGCUCCAGAGAUAGCUGUCUACCUGAAAGAGUCUGUGGGGAAUGCCACCAGGAUAGACUAUGGAACAGGUCAUGAAGCUGCGUUUGCUGCGUUCCUCUGCUGUCUCUGUAAGGUUGGAGCUCUCACGGUAGAUGAUCAGCUGGCUAUGGUGUUUAAGGUUUUUUACAGGUAUCUGUCAGUGAUGCGGAAGCUGCAGAGGACCUAUAGAAUGGAGCCAGCUGGGAGCCAGGGUGUGUGGGGUCUGGAUGACUUCCAGUUUCUGCCCUUCAUCUGGGGAAGCUCCCAGUUUCUAGAUCACCCGACACUGGAGCCUCGGCACUUUAUCGAUGAGAGGGUGGUAAACGAGCAUCACCAGGACUACAUGUUUCUGGACUGCAUCAAGUUCAUAAAUGAGAUGAAGACAGGUCCGUUUGCUGAACACUCCAACCAGCUGUGGAACAUCAGCGCUGUUCCUUCCUGGUCCAAAGUCAACCAGGGCCUGAUCAAAAUGUACAAGGCCGAGUGCUUGGAGAAGUUCCCUGUGAUUCAGCACUUCAAAUUUGGUAGCCUGCUGUCCAUCCAGCCAACGAAGCCUUGACGCUCAUGCCGCGCACCCGAUGGAAAGACCAAAGUCCCAACAGUUUUCCCUCCCUCUGGCAUCCUCACAUGCAAACACAACGAUAGCAAAAAUCAACCACAUGUAGUUUGACACAUGCGUCUCCACAUGUGCACACAUGUGGUCAUGAAAGCUUGUUGGUCAUCCAUAACCUUAAUGCAGAGCAUGUUGAGGAUGGCCUUUGUGAUUUUGGCGCAUCUUUAUAUUUUUGACAUUUUAUUUAUAAAAUGCUUAGAGUUUGAAUCUGGCUCCUUUUUGGAGGGAUGGUGGUAUUUACUUGUAGAAGUGUGCUCAUUGAUGCUUAAAGGGUAACUUCAGUAUUUUUCAACCUGGACCUUAUUUUCCCAUGUGUUUGUGUCUGUGUGAAAUUGGGACAACAUAUUUUGAAACUGGUCCAGUAUGAAGCAAGUGCACUGCAGUCGGCAGCAGCGAGACAGGGCUGUAAUGUAAUCCUCGCAAGCUCCGUCUAACCAGAAACAGUUGCUAUAUCGCUCUCAUCAGGCCACCAGACUCCAUUGAUAAAAACAGUAAUUUUACCUCGCAGAACAUGGGAGUUGCUGGUCUACCGCUGCCUCGGUCGGUUAGUUUGUGUUAUUAUGUGACUUUGUUUUAAAGAGUUAAAAACCCCAAAGUCACACAAUAACACAAACUAAACGAUCAAGGCAGUGGUAGACCAGAGAAGGAUUACUAUUUUUUUUGGAUUCUGGUGGCUUUGACGAGAUUGAAAUAGUGACUGUUUCUGGUUAAACAAAAAGGAUCUUACUCUUUAAAAAAGUCUAUCUCUGUAGGGAUCCUUUCCACAAUGUUGUCAGACUUGUAAUAACAAUCUGAGGCCGUCAGUGGCAAAAACAAGCACUUUAGUGGACGUACUUUCACAGGUUGUUAUUGCCUGAAAGGAUUAUGUUGCAGUCCUGUCUCCCUGCUGCCGACUGCAGCGUGCUCGCUCAGUACUGGACCAGUUUCAAAAUAUGUUGUCCCAAUUAGCACAAAUAGACCCAAGAAUGUGGGAAAAAUGGGGUCCAAGUUGAAAAAUACCUAAGUUACCAUUUAAUGUUUGAAUUUACCUCAUAGUUUGGAUCCUCAUGAGCAGUAGGCUUAUUCAGAGUGAGGUGAUGCAAAUAAGACUUUGUCAUAGUUUCUUCUUCAAUUUUAGGUUGUUGUUUUUUUGGUUUUGCUUUUAAGGCCAAAUGUUUAAUUUUUUUGCAAAUGUACCAAUAUUUUAAUUGCCCAUUUCACAUUCAACAUGUAAAUCACUUUAAGAAUUUGCUAAGAAAUAACUGUGUUUCAGUGUUUUUUCCUUUAACCAAAUGUCCUCACAUGUCACUGUCUUGCUCAGAGAAUAUAUUUUUAAAGCUUCCAUAAAAGCUCAUCCAAACGCUAUAUUCCUCUGGCAAAAAUGGCCAUUUUGAAUCCAAAAUAGGUCAUUUUUGUAGAUCCAGUGAGUUUUUGUUUUUUUUUACAGUGGGGUGGGGCUCUUGGUCUGUGAAGACAGUCACAGGACAAAGUCACACCCCUUCUGUGCUUGGCAGAAGAAUAAGACUUAAGAUGGCCAAGUUCUCUGAGAAAACAGCUCUCCACAUUAACGUUAGCUAGCAGUCUUGUUACUCCAAAUUCCACUUGUGUAACAUGACUGACGUUAGAGUUCUGGACUACUCCAUUAACGUUAACGUUACCAUGCUAGUGAUUACAACAUAGGUUGGGCCCUUUCGCCAAACUGCCAAAUCAAUUUUAGCCCCUGAUGGUUUUAUUUACUAAUGCUAAGAUAAUUUUUGCAAGAUUAAUACUAUCAUAACCAUGACAUAAUUAAACAAUUGCUUUUGGAUUUGUUUUGGAAUGCGAGAUCAAUUCAUGAGACAAUGGCGUAGACAUUUACCCAAGCUAAAAUGGACCUACGUUACUCAAUGUAGUUUAAAGGAACACCUACAGCAGUUGUUACAGUAGCCUAAUUAUGUUGUUUGAGAAGGGGCAAAUGACAAGCUCACUAAAAACGACAGAAGCAACAGCAGAAUUUCAUGAGAUUGGAAUCUUUGCAUAAAAUCUUUGUUGGUAGUUUUAUUUUUCCUUCACCUAUCUGGCCCUUACCAGUCACUGUCAAUAGUUAGCUCCCAUGACUUCAUCGUAGUCCCAGCUUACUCCAGUCUUGUUUAGUUUAUUCCAUUUUUUAAUCAGUUCAGUUAUGGUAAAAUUGUAAACCAUACUUGAAUAAAUUCUGAUGGUUGUGCUGUGCAGCUUUUCUUCUCAAAA